GCAAAUCAGUUCUCUGGUUUCCACCCUUCAGAGUUCGGAGGAAACAGAAUAUGGCGGAUCGGAUGGUAACACUUAUGUGUCGUUGGAAUGGGAAGAUUACAACUGCAUCACUGGGUUUGGAUUAUGAAGGUGGUAAGCUGAAGGGAAUCAGGGUCAACCAUAAUAUUAGUCAUUCAGAGUUGUUGGAUAAAAUGUAUGAGAUAACUGGCUAUGACAGGAGGCAGUUUGAUAUCAAGAUUACUUGUAGAUAUCCAGUGUCUAGGGGAUACAUAGCCUACAUGAUAGAUGACAAAGAUUCCACUGAGAUAAUGCUUGAAUUGGGGCGACACCCCGAUGUACAUGCUGUGGAGUUGUACUUGGAAAAUGAAGCUUUACACAUUGAGAGUGGAAGGGACGAUCUAGUACUUGUCCAAAGUGGUUCAGGCUAUGAUGAGGGAAGAGAGGAGUCUCCCCACAACAAUGUUGGAAGUGAGGAGGAUGGGACUGGGGAUCCUGUUCAGGAACUAAAUGAGACAGAGGGAAAUGCCUGGGUGUCAGAAGCUAAUGCCAACAACAAUAUGGCAGAGGUUGAACGGGAACCUAUUGAUGAGUUCACAAAUGCAAGCUGGGUGAAUGAUGCGGUUGCCAGCAACCAUGUACCAGGAGUACUAGUUGUUCCAGAUAAUGUAAAAGAUGUGCUACAUGUCGGCCAAAUAUUUCAAACGAAACAACAAUUACAGCAAACUGUGAAAGAGUAUGCUAUCAGAGCACAUCAGCAGUACAUUGUUCUAGAGUCAACUCCGUCGUUGCUGGCUCUGAAGUGUAAAAAUAAAGGUUGUCUGUGGAGACUUCGUGCAUCUUUGAAGAAGAAUUCCUCUUCAUGUUUUGCCAUUACAAAAUAUGCAGGGCCACACACUUGUGUCAAGCCCAGCAUUAACCAGGACCAUGCACAGUUAGAUGCUGAAUUCAUUUGUAGUAAAAUACUGGGGAUGGUCAAAGCUCAACUAUCAAUCACACCGGCGGCAAUUCAGGCACAUAUGGCAAAUACCUAUGACUAUAAUAUUUCAUACAUGAAGGCAUGGAAGGCAAAACAGAAGGCGUUUGAGAAGAUAUUUGGCAAUUGGGAAGAAUCGUAUGCCUUAUUGCCAAGAUAUCUCAAUGCGUUGAAAAUGACAAACCCUGGCACCAUUGUCUUGUUACAAUCGGAGCAUGUAAGUGAUCAGUCCAGUGUAUUCAAGCGUGUAUUUUGGGCAUUUGGCCCCACAAUUGAGGGAUUCAAGCAUUGUCGGCCUGUUAUAAGCAUUGACAGCACACAAUUGUCCGGGAAGUAUGGAGGAAUGCUGUUAAUUGCAACUGGAAUUGAUGGGAACAAUGGUUUGUUUCCCCUUGCAUUUGCCAUUGUUGUGAAGGAGAACGAGAGUAGCUGGUCAUGGUUUUUGGAUAAUAUUAGUGAGAUUGUCGGUAAACAAAGUGGACUUUGUAUUAUAUCGGAUUGCCACAAUGAUAUCUUGGUGGCAAUGAGGAGGCCUGAGUGGGAAGAACCAAAUGCCUUUCAUCGCAUUUGCAUGCGCCACUUAGCCAGCAAUUUUAAUAGAAGGUUUCAUGAUGCUGCUAUAAAGAACCUUCUCAUUAGGGCUGCGGAGCACAAUCAACCUCAAAAGUAUGAUACGAUUAUGGAGUUAAUAACAAACAUUAGUCUGGAUGCUCGGCAAUGGAUAGAUGAAAUUCCUGCUCUGCAAUGGGCUCUUGCACAUGAUGAUUUCCAUCGUUUUGGAAUCAUGACAACAAACAUGUCAGAAACCAUCAACAGUGUACUGAAAGGAGCUCGUGCAUUGCCAAUAACAGCGUUAGUGAGACUAACAUUUUACCGCUUGAAUACCUACUUCAUCACACGAAGGGAGCAGGUGGCAGCAUAUGGGUCACAGUUCACUCCACUUGUUGAGGGAAAACUUGCAUGUUAUAGGAACAGAGCAUCAGGGCAUGGGGUUAAGUGGUUAAAUGAUGUACCUGAUGUCUUCGAAGUGAUUACCAAAGGAACUAAAGGCGAGCCUCAUACCCAUGUUGUAAAUCUAGGGGCCCGCAUGUGUACAUGUGGAAAACUUCAGAUUUAUGGCUAUCCAUGCUCGCAUGUGAUUGCAGCCUGCCAGUCAAUUAUGUUGGAUCCCCAGACUUUUGUUGAUGAUUGGUAUAAAGUCGACACUUUUGCACUAACAUAUGCUCCAGGUUUUCAUUCUGUACCUGACAUAGGCUCCUGGCCUCCUCAUGAAGGACCUAGCAUAGUCCCUCCCCCAGAUAGGGAACGUAGCAGAGGUCGGCCACAGUCAGUGCAAUUGCAGAAUGAGAUGGAUGAGCAUGGUCGUCGUUGUGUAGGCCCGGAGAGGGAAGGUCGUGGGCCAUCAAACUGUAGUGCAUGCAAAAAACCAGGGCACAACCGUCGACGUUGUUUGUUAGCCCAGGGAGGAGCAUUAGCAUUAGCGCAGCAAAGCCAUUCUCAUCCCAGUUGAUAAUUUGUUGGUAUACCAAUUGUGAAUAUGCCUGCCCUCUCUUUACACACUCACAACCUACAUAUGUCGCUUCACGUGCCUUUCAUGAGAGUAUGGCUCUUGGGCUUAUGAUGUCUUAACACAAGUUAUAAACUUCUGUAUGAACUGUAGUGGUAUAGGAUGUCGUAGCUAUUGGUUAAUGCUUGCUCUAAGAGAGUUUUGUACUUAUUCACAAAGUUA